AUGCUCCGCGCUUUCAUCUUGGCCCUCGCCGUCGUUGGCGUUUCAUCCCUGCCUCAGCCACAGGGACGUUCACAUGGCAUGGUUCCAGUAGGCUUUGGUUUAUAUGCCUAUGGUUCCAAGAUAGGCGGUUUCGCUGUAAACCGUGUCAAUGGUUUGUCAAUCAUCUAUCUUCCCAUAUCGCUUGGCUACGACUCACAGAAGACCUCGUGCAACGCAGGUGAUGUGUUUUUGAACAGUACAGUUGGCCCCAACACCGAGUUUUUCACCAGUACUCCAACAUCUCACGGCCAGUUUACAGUCAACACCUCGGCCAACACCAUUUCCCAUGCCAAGACAGGCGAUAAACUUGCCAUCCCUACGACGUCCGGCUUCGUCACAUUCCUGCCCAAGGAUGGGCCCGAGAAUCCGGCUCUUGAGACCUCAGGCAUGAGAAUCUUUGGAAACACGCUCUUCUUCGUCGGCGCAAGCGGCCAGUUGGAGACGGGGUGGACCGCCGUGCCGAUCGGUGAGGACAGCACGGCGUUCCGGUUGGGUUGGAACGUCACCUCGGAUGGCGCCGUACCUCUGGCUCUCCGGACCAUCGCUCCAGGACCUCUCAACGGGGCUAUCCAACCGGGAACGAAUGGAACCGCUCCUGCGGCUGCAUCUUAA